CGUGAUAAUAAAAGAGCUUUGAAACUUUUGAAGAGGAAGUGCUCCCUCUCCUGGCCAACUUCAUCAACAGCACGGGAACAUUGUUAUUAUCACUGCAGAAACCUUAUAUUGCCUGUCGCGUUUUUGUGUAACGGUGACCGAGUUGCAAACGUCAUCAAUCUAGUCAAAAGAAUUAUGCAAAUACCUUAAAAAAUAUAUUGCAUUAUGCGUCAGACGAUAUGGACCUUAUGGCCACAUUUAUACUUUAGUUGUGUUAAGUAAUGUGUUGUGCACUCGCUGCAAAGCUGAAGACGAGCAAUGUUUUGUUUGUUUCCCCCACCUCAUUUGCCUGCAUCUUAUAGGCACUGAGCCUCAUCGAGGCAGAGUCGAAGCUCGCUACAGCCGCCACAUUAUCAUGCGUCCCCCCUCGAUCCUCAGUUUACUACUGCACUUGCAGUUAACGUGGGAGAGCAGUGCUUUCCAGGACUUCAUCAGGCAACGGAACACAGAGUUCGCUCUCAACCUUUACCAGCAGUUUACUGUCGCUGAAGAGAAGAGCAACCUCAUCAUAUCGCCUGCGGGUGUCACUUUUGCAUUGGGGCUCCUGCAAUUGGGAGCCAAAGGAGAGACUUCCGCGCAGCUGGAGAAUGCCCUGGGAUACACUGUACACGGUAGUGGUGAAUAUAAUCUGGGCGCGUACAGGGACCCCGCCAACCAAUUUGAGGAGACAGAUUCGCGAGUGCAACAUUUGUUACAAUCGACCUACGGGGCUCUGACGAACUCCAGCCAUAGUCCAAACAUCCAUCUGUCGUGUGGCCUCUUCGUGGAAUCCGGCAUCCAGCUCUCUCCCAAAUUUUCGGAGGACACGGCCAUCUGGGUAAACGGGAGCUUGCAGCGGGUGAACUUCGGCAACCCCAAUGAAACGGCCACGCUGAUAAACAAGUGGGUUGGCACCAGGAGUCGAGGUGAAAUACAAAAUGUAAUAUCUCAGCCAAUAGAAGAUUCAUCGCCAGCGCAGAUUGCUGUUAUCAGCACUAUGCACUUCAAAAGCAAGUGGCAGAAUCCCUUUUCACUCUCAGAGACGCAGCAUUUCAAAUUUACCAAAGCAGACGGAUCUGUCAUUAAAGUACCAAUGAUGUAUCAAGUAUCAGAAGUAAAUUAUGGCCAGAUCAAGACCGGAGGUAAUCAGAGAUUUAUAAUAGUUGAACUCAGCUAUCUGGAGCACACAGUAAGCAUGUUUAUCAUCAUUCCCAGUGAAAGAAAACAAGGCCUCUCUUAUGUAGAGCCACACAUCACAGCUCAAACUCUUUCAACGUGGGCAAAAAGUAUGAGAAGAAUGAAAAUGGAAGUUUUCUUACCCAGGUUUAAAGUGCAAAGUAAAUUCAACCUCAAGACGGUGCUAUCAACUUUGGGUAUCACUGAUCUUUUCAGUCCUACUAAAGCAGACUUCAGAGGAAUUUCUGAGCAUGAAAAACUAUUUGUUUCUGAAGCUAUUCAUGAAGCAAGAAUAGAAGUAACAGAAGAUGGCACUGAAGCUGCAGCUGCGACAGCCAUGGUUCUAAUGAAAAGAUCCCGGGCACUUGUAUUUAAGGCUGACAGGCCAUUUUUCUUUCUACUGCGCCAUCUCAACACAGGUAAUGCACUGUUGAUGUGUUUCCUUUUCAUAUACUGCUUUUCGUAUGAAGCAGUUGCUGUUCAAAUUACAGUGCAUUAUGUUUGCCAUCUUCCAUUAAUCUUUUAAGCUCACAUGAUAAAGAAUCCAAGCUUAACAUGUCCCUCAUUCCUGGUCUAGAACAUGCAUGUCAUCCCUGCAUCUUUUCAAAGUCUUUUCCAAUGUUUAGUGCACAGAUUUGAAAACCAUGCUCCGAGGUUUAACCAGUGAAUUUGCUUUAUAUGAUUUGGAGCAUAAUCUUUCAUGCUUUCGCUAAUUACCUACAUCUUGCAUUGGUCAUAAUUUGAUUUGUAAUUGAUCAUUUGCAAUGAAUAUUGCUCAAAAAUAACACUUAUAAACAAGUUACGAACAGCAGCACAUUAUGCAGCAAUUUUACUGUACUGGCAUUGAAUUUUUACCCUGCAGAACUUGAUGAACACAAUACAAAAAUGUCAUGUUAACGUGAGCCAUUUAAUUCCACAGGAACAAUAGUUUUCAUGGGUCGUGUGAUGGAUCCGCUUGAAUAAAAACAUUACAAAAGGUUAUCGGGGACAGUCUCUU